GGUGUUCCUUUUCCAAGAGGGUGACAAGGGGAGCAAGGAAGGCUCAUCCAGAGGCCUGUUUAAAAUAUACAUGAAAGGUGUCAAGGAAGCCACAGAGGCAUUCAAGCUGUGGACAGCUGCAAAAGCCAAAAAAAUUGAACAAGAACAAGAACGUAAUGAUAAGAAGCCGGCUCCAUAUAAAUAUAUUAAGGCUAGUGUUCCAAUCGGCAGUGUCCAAAUACACAAAGCAGAACUGUCUGAAAUUCCUCGCUGUGAGUGUAAACCCGAUCAAGAAGAUGCUUGCACCUCAGAUUGUCUCAACAGAAUGAUGAUGUAUGAGUGUAACCCAAAUGUUUGCCCCGCUGGAGAAAAAUGUCACAACCAGCGUUUUCAGAAGCGUCAGUACCCAGAGUGUGAACCUUUCAAAAGUGAGACUCGAGGAUGGGGGCUGCGGUGCUUAGAAGAUGUCAAGAAGGGCCAGUUUGUGCAUGAGUAUGUUGGGGACUUGGUAGAUGAGGAAGAGUGUAAGAGAAGGAUGGAGGAAGCUCAUGAGAACAACAUUACCAAUUUUUAUAUGCUGACUAUGGACAAGAAUAGGAUUAUUGAUGCUGGCCCUAAAGGCAACUUCUCCCGGUUCAUGAAUCACAGCUGCUGUCCAAAUUUGGAAACCCAGAAAUGGAUGGUCAAUGGUGACAUCCGAGUAGGCCUUUUUGCUUUAAGUGAUAUUCCCAAAGGAUCAGAAAUGACCUUCAACUACAACCUGGAAUGUCUGGGUAAUGAGAAGAAAGCCUGUGUAUGUGGUGCAGAGAACUGCAGUGGAUUUCUUGGAGUCAGACCAAAGACAGUAGCAGCUGCUGCAAAUGAAAAGAGGGAUCAGAAAAAGAAACGACGCAAGAAGAAACUAGACAAACGCAGGGAGCAUGAGGAUGAAUGUUUCCGGUGCGGUGAGGGCGGAGAACUAGUCAUGUGCGACAAAGGCAACUGUCCCAAGGUCUACCACUUGCAGUGCCUGAAAUUGACCAAGCCACCUUCAGGUAAAUGGCUCUGUCCGUGGCAUCACUGUGAUGAUUGCGGGAAGCCUGCAACUAUCAAAUGCUUUGAGUGUCCCAACUCUUACUGUGCUGCCCACACAGAGGGAAGUAUAUUUAAGGUGGAUGAUGCCUACAUCUGCUCUGACCACACUGAUCUCCUGCAGGGCACUGCAGAGUCUCUGGGCAGCUGCUGCAGCGAUGCAACCAGUGGUCUGAAGUCGGAAAUCGAAUCCAGCACUAGCGAUAACGAUACAGCCAGCACCACGGACGGUAUGACUGACAGGGAAAGGGAGAUGGAUAGAGCAUCAAAUGUGGCGGAGGUUGCAGACAUUGACAGCAAACAGAAUAUUGUGGCGGCUGCUGACAAAACAAAGAGCGCAGUCAAUGGAGAUGUUAAAGGGAGAGUCAGGCAAAGGAGUGCCAAAGCUGCAGCUGUUAAAGUAAAGGACAAGAGAAAUUCUGUCCUUCCUGAUAAAUUUCCAUUGAAGCCCGGCCUUGAUGAAAACCUGGAAGUGCCGGAAUCAUCCACCAGCCUUGCUACAAAAUUGAAUUCUUCAGGUGAUGUCGUCAGUGCCUCAAAUGUUGUCCCUUUGGCAGAUAGCAAAGUCAGGUCAUCCCAACAGGUGCCUGUGAAAAACAGACCUGAGGUAACUCCUUGCCGCACUAAAGCCAGGUACAGAGUGCGUAUGUCGGCAGCAAAGUUAAACAAUUCCAAAGGUAGUGCUAGCCCUGAUACAAAUUCUGUGUCCAAUCGUCAGACUGCUGUGAACCCUGUUUCCAAUGAGAGCGAUGAUGCUGACAGUAUUUCAGAUCUAGUGAUAGACAUACCGUAG